AUGCUUACCUAUCCCUCCCUUCACCCACUCCCUCCCGCCCUCGCCCCACCUAACCCGCUCCGAGGAGCGCAUGGCAAAGAGGCGCAGAGGGAGCCCACUCCAGGCCUCGUGAACAAGAAGCGCGUCCGGUACCAAGGCCCUGCAGCUCAGCUCCGCGAGUGGUUCCUCCGCUACACCCGCGACUGGAUCCUCAACGACAGCCAAGAGGCGUGUUCGAGUUCUCCUUCACCUGUCCCGUCGCGUUCUUUGGCGUGCUCCCUCGGUUCUCAAGCGUCCGUCCUGCGCAGCGUACCCGCGGUCCGUCCCCGCCGCAAGUAUGGCCUUCGCUCGCCGCAAGGCUCGCACGCUCGGGCUCAGAAGCCGGACCGCGCGCAGGCCAUUCUAUGCGAUGCGGCCGAGGAGGAGACCGUGGACCACAUGGCGGUUGUCGACGAGGACGUGACGAUGUCGACUGCGACCGACCUGCAACUCGAGGACGCACGGGACAUGCUGUCAUCCCUCACGCUCACGGAGGCCGACGAUGUUCCCAUGGCUUACGAGGAGGACCCGGCGGCAGGCGUCGAGCCUCUCAAGCCAGCGGCUGCGGUGCGUCUUCUCUUGCUCUCAUUGCUUCCUGGCGUUGCUCAUACGCCAUGCUAUCCCAGUCCGUGCCUGUCUAUAAGGCUUGCCCUCAUGUCCAAGCUGUGCCUCAGCCUGUGGCCUUCACGCUCCUCCCCUGCCGCGAUCACCGCUGCGAAGCCCGUCAUCGUUCCCGACGAGCCCAAGACCGCCGCGGCCACCGAGGAGCCCAAGGCCAGCGUCGUGGAUGGACCCAAGGCCACCACUCCCGUUGUUCAGAAGCCCAAGGUCGUCGUCGUCGUCCUCAUUGUCGACAAGCCCAAGGCCGACGCUGUUGAGGAGACCAAAGCGAGCACUGUUUCCGAUGAGCCACAGCCCGCCGCCAUGGAGACACCGACUGUCGCUGCUACCGGAGACCCUGUCGCCAACGAGCCCUCCGCCUCAACCGCGCACUCGUUCAAGCCCGCAGCCGCCAUCGCUCGGUCCACCUCCGUCCUGAGCGACCUCACUUGCGACCUCUACGCCUGCGGAGACUGGAGCGGCGACAACUGGGAUGUCCUGGCUACUUCGACUCCCCCGCGUGGUGCUUGCACUCCUCUCCACCAGCUCAUGGCCUCGCUCACGCUUUGCGACGCGCCGGAGAGCGACACGCCUUCCCUCACCGGUGCUGCGGCCGACGUCUUCGGGCCCAAGCCGUCUCCCAAGACCACCCGCGACGCCGCCUCUUCAUGUUCAUGGGAGGCCUCCAUGAGCUUCACCCAGGUGAUCUCGUCUCUCGCCUCCUCGCAUCGUCCAGCGACCGGGUCCUCGGCCGGCGCAUCAUCGUCCUCUUCGGCGCCUCAGGUCCAGGAGGUGGAAGACAAAGAGACGAAGGCGGAGGGUGACGACGACAUCUGGUACGAGACCGUGGAGGUCAUGGUCGGGAUCGUCGAGGAGGUCGAGGACGAGGACGAGGUCUGGCACGACGCCUCUGACGUCUUCGAUGACGUUGUCGUCGAGGUCCUCUAG